GACUUUGUAACUUUGUAAAAUACUUGACUGAGAAAAAACAAGUUGCCAAUUUGCAAUAAGAUGGCGUUGACCGAGGCUCUCUUCCUAAUCGUGGGUGCUUUGAGUGCCGUUUACAUAUGGUUCCAGCGCAACCACAGCUACUGGCAGCGCAAAGGCAUUCCCUACAUACCACCCACACCCAUUAUCGGCAACACAGAGCCCGCUUUCAAGCUUAAGAACUCGUUCGGUCUGCAUCUGUCGGAGAUAUACAGCGAUCCUAAGAUGCAGGACGAGGCUGUGGUGGGAGUAUAUGCACUCAACAAGCCCUGCUUGAUCAUUCGCGACCCGGAGUUGAUCAAGUCAGUGAUGGUCAAGGACUUCAAUCGAUUCCACAAUCGAUACGGUCGUUGUGAUCCCCAUGGCGAUCCUCUUGGAUCAAACAAUCUAUUCUUUGUGCGGGACACGCACUGGAAAGACAUCCGAACGAAGUUGACGCCGGUUUUCACCAGUGGAAAGGUUAAGCAAAUGUAUUCCUUGAUGCUGGAGAUAGCUCACGAUCUAGAGGAACAUCUGAAGAAGCAUGUCCAGAACAAUAGCAAUUCAGGGAAGUAUAUCACCGAAAUCAAGGAAGUCUGUGCGCAGUUCUCUACGGACAGUAUAGCCACUAUUGCCUUUGGUAUUCGAGCGAACAGUCUGCAGAAUCCGAAUGCGGAGUUCCGUAACCAUGGACGCAAGCUGUUCACCUUCACACUCUCUCGCGCGAAGGACUUUUUUGUGGCUUUCUUCUUGCCAAAGCUGGUGUCGCUGCUGCGUAUACAGUUUUUCACCCAGGAAUUCGCUCAUUUCUUGAGAAGUACGAUAAGCCAUGUCAUGGAGGAGCGAGAGCGUACCGGCUUCGUUCGAAACGACCUAAUCGAUGUCCUAGUUGGCCUCCGCAAGGAAGCGGCCGAGGAGCCCUCCAAGCCACACUAUGCCCGCAAUUUUGAUUUCCUGGUAGCCCAGGCUGGUGUAUUCUUUACGGCCGGCUUUGAAACCUCGUCUUCAACCAUGUCCUUCGCCCUCUAUGAACUGGCCAAAAAUUCGCAUCUGCAAACCCGCUUGCGCCAGGAGAUCAACGAGGCUCUGGUGGAGGGCGGCGGAAAUCUCUCCUACGAGAAGAUUCAGUCCCUCGAGUACCUUGCCAUGGUGGUGGAUGAGGUGCUUCGCAUGUAUCCAGUGCUUCCGUUCCUUGACCGCGAAUACAACAGCAUCAAGGACCAGCCGGACCUGUCCCUAAAGCCCUACUAUGACUUUACGUUCGAGCACGGUACACCGGUCUUCAUACCAAUCUACGGAUUGCAGCACGAUCCGAAGUACUGGCCAAAACCUGAACAGUUCGAUCCGGAGCGCUUUUCUCCAGAGAACCGAAAAUCCAUUGUGGCCAUGGCCUAUCAACCCUUUGGAUCCGGUCCCCACAACUGCAUUGGGAGCCGCAUUGGGCUGCUGCAAACCAAGCUGGGACUGGUACACAUACUCAAAAAUCAUUCGGUUAAAAUGUGUGCAGACACCAUAAAGGAAAUGAAAUUCGAUCCCAAGGGAUUCGUCCUGCAGUCCCUGACAGGCAUUUACCUGGAGAUAGUCAACGAUCGCCUUUAUGAGGAGAGUGCAGCUCGGGUCCACUAAAUCGACUCGAAGUAUAGUUUUGUCUAGUACGAACUUAUUUUUUAUAUACAGAGAGAAUGGUAUGUGAUGUGUGCUAAUUAUACAUAAUUCAUAUAAUCAUA